UAUUUUUAAAUUUUUUUAUAUUUAGUGCACUUAAAUUUCACUUAAAAAAGUUUAAUUUAAGAGUUAUUAAUUUUGAAUUUAAUUAAGCAUAUAGAAAUGCCUUAAUUAAUAUUAAAAUCUUGUGACAUGAUCAUUCUAAGGAAAUCAUAGAAAGUUAUUUGUAAAUUUAUUGAACAAAAGUACUAAAAAUGAAAGGUACUUACGGAUUUCUAUGAAUUACAAUAUUAAUAAUAUUAGAAUAAUUCGCAUUUCUGAAAUUCGACGUAAUAAAAAAACAAAGCAAUAAUAGCCUGUAAAGACUAGCCGAUUGAAAGUAUCAGUUGUUACUGAAAAUGAAAAAAAGAUAUAUAAAUAUUUUAUUCAUCAUUAUCACAACAUUAUUUAUAUGGAUACUGUGGAGUUCUGACACUGAGACAAAUAACACAAUACUUUUAUUAAAACAAAAUAAUUAUUAUAUUAAAGAUCUCCUGAUUUCACCUUCGCCUUCUGUUUGCACAGAAAACCAAUUUCUAGUGAUAAUAGUAACAUCAUAUGUAGGUCAUGUGGAACUAAGAAGUGUACAUAGAAGAUCAAUGCCAUCAAGUCUUUUAAAAUCUAUGAACAUAACUAGAAUUUUCUUAUUAGCUAAAAUACCACCAGAUGAAAGAUAUAUAACACAAGAAGCUAUUAAAGAUGAAAGCACAAUCUUUGAUGAUGUACUACAAGGUUCUUUCACAGAAAACUACAGGAAUUUAACACACAAACAUCUUAUGGGACUGCAAUGGGCAUCAACUGUCUGCAAGCCUUCAUAUAUACUUAAAGUGGAUGAUGACACAGUGUACAAUUUACAGAGCACUCAUAAAUUACUAUUGCAAAUGAAUAAGUCAAAUGACAACUUACUCAUAGGAUACAUGUUGAAUAAUACAAAACCUAGGAGAAGUAAGCAGAAUAAAUGGUAUGUUACUUGGGAAGAGUAUCCUAGAAAUGAAUAUCCGCCAUAUUUAUCUGGUUGGUAUUAUAUAAUAACUUCUAAAGUGGCAACAAGUUUAUGUGAGGAGGCAAUGUACCAUCCAUAUUUUUGGAUAGAUGAUAUAUUUGUGACUGGAAUAUUGACAGAAUCUCUCAAUAUUAAACUUAAGCAAUUGCCAGAAGACUACUGGCUAGAAUAUUAUGAAUUACUUGAAUGCUGUUUGACAGAUAUGAUAAUUAGAUCAAUAAGAUGCAAUUAUGUGGUAGGUCCAAACGGUGGCAGAAAUAAUUUAAUGUUAGAGUUCACCGAAGCCAUAAGGAAUUGUGAUGACUGGAGGAACUGUACAAGGAGGGUGUCUGAAAAGUCUCUAAAGAAUGAAUGUGUAGUGAAUAAAGAACGUAACAUCUUCAGCAAUGGGACUGCUGAAGUGCAUUUUGUUAGGUUAUAGAUUUUUAUACUAACUUGUUAAUUAUAAUAUCAAUAUAAAAUAUCAGAUUAUAACAGCUGUUGCAAUUAAUACUGUGAUAUUAUUUGAUUAAGUGAUAUACAUUAUACAUUAAAAUAAAAUAAAAGAUAAUAUAACA